UGGGGAGUGCCCCCUCUACUGGCUAUAAAGAAGGAGCCAGAACUGCAAAGAAUCCCUACAGAAGAUACUGAGACAGUUCGUGGACUUCCCACAGCCUCUGUCCACAGGUACCAUGAAGAUCUCCACAGUUGCCCUUGCUGUCGUCCUCACCACUGCCGCCUUCUGCACUCCUGCAUUGACCUCCCCAUAUGCCUCAGAUACCACACCCUGCUGCUUUGCCUAUAUUACCCGUUUACUGCCACGGGCUCAUAUCCAAGAGUAUUUCUACACCAGCAGCAAGUGCUCCAUUCCAGCAGUUGUCUUCGUUACCCGAAAGAACCGGCAGGUGUGUGCCAAUCCAGAGAAAAAAUGGGUGCGGGAGUACAUCAACUCUUUGGAGAUGAGCUAGGAUGGAAAGCACACGGAAUCUGAGCUUGUGCAAGCUUUUCUAUUGCUUCUUACUCUCAUCCUGACAAGCUUAGGAGGUUUUCCUCCAACUCCCUUCUAGUGCUCUCUCCUUCCUUAGAGGGUACAAAUUCCACCAUACAGCAGGAGUUAUAAUGUGUGCGCUUAGCUAGGUGCGCUGCCGCCUAGGCCCCAUAGCAGGAGUUACAAAAGCCUCUCCCUAAGGUUUCCAAGAGCUCCUUUAGGCUCUGCCUUGCACACUGGAUGUCUGAACUCUGAACUUUAGGUCUUUCAAGUUGGCUCAGACUCUGGAUCAGAAAGGAAGUCAGAGUGCCCCUAGUGGUGAAGAAAGGAAGUCUGCCUGAGUUCCCUAAGGUCAGAGUUCCCCAUCUCAGUCCUACACUGGGAAGGGCUGACUGGCAAAUACGAGACAUCAGCUUCCUAUUAAAAUUCUCACUGCAAUUAAAA